AGCACUCGAGGAUAAACCGCGCGGAGCCUCCGUUAUCCGUCUGAAGAAACGGGAUACGCACCACACCUUCCUCGCCCCGACUCACCGCCGCCGCCGCCGCGCUCCGACUGCCGGUUGCCUGUAGUACAAAAUGGCCCCCUCUCCCGCUCGGCUCCUCCUCUUCCUCCUACCCACCCCGAACCACACGACCCGGCCUCGCGUCAGGCGACACCGCAGGGCCUGGUGGGCCGGCACCGCCCGCUGCGCCCCCGAAGUCGCCGCCGGCGGCGGCUUCGUCGUCAUCGAGGACGACCUCGCUGAGCUCCUCCAGAUUCUACCAACAGAUUUGCGAGAUAAUCUGAAGAAUGAACCUAGAAGGGACCAGCUGUUGGAGGUUAUUCUUGAUUUGGGGAGACGACCCGAGGCACGCUUCCUUGGUAACUCUGGUGGCCAAUAUCUACGGGAUAGCGAGAUUUCACAGCUAGAGUUGGAGGAAGCUCAGAAAGCUGUAGGAGAAUUUGGAGGUGACAACCGUGCCGGAAUUGAAGGUACAUUACAUAGAAUAUCUGCCAUAAGGAGUAGAAAGGGAAUGGUUGUUGGUUUGACCUGUCGAGUUGGCCGAGCCGUCAACGGGCAUGUCGAUAUGGUCCGCGAUCUCUUAAACUACAAAGAGAGCAUUCUGUUCCUGGGAAGACCUGGGGUUGGCAAGACUACUGUUAUGCGUGAGAUCGCACGCGUUUUAGCAGACGAGUUUCAGAAAAGAGUGGUAAUUGUGGAUACAAGCAAUGAGAUUGGCGGGGAUGGGGAUAUUCCUCAUGCUGCCAUUGGUGGCGCAAGAAGAAUGCAAGUACCUGAACCAUCAAUGCAACAUAGAGUGAUGAUUGAAGCAGUUGAAAACCAUAUGCCUGAAGUAGUCAUUGUAGACGAGAUUGGAACUGAAGCAGAGGCUCAAGCCUGUCGGUCAAUUGCAGAAAGGGGUGUCAUGCUUAUUGGUACUGCCCAUGGAGAAAGGCUUGCUAACAUUAUAAAGAACCCUGUUUUAUCUGACUUGAUUGGAGGAGUCGAAACUGUCACUCUGGGUGAUGAGGAAGCUCGUGCACGGCGCACUCAGAAAAGUAUUCUGGAGAGGAAGGCCCCUCCAACAUUCCCUUUCCUUAUUGAGAUGAGGGAGCGGCACUAUUGGGUGACUCAUCGGACUGAGAGGAGUGUGGAUAUGCUACUUCAUGGCAAGAAGCCACUGGUUGAGGUCAGGAAAAGGGAUAAUGAGUUUCAGGUUAUCAUUGAAAGAUGGGCAACAUAUGAUGGAGAUGGACUCUGAAGUCUGAAUUAUAUACUUUCAAGUUAUUGUUGCUUCUGCUAAGGUUCAUACUCUUGGUAUUUGGGGCUCUGUGGGCAACUGGUACAUACUCUUUUAAGCCUGCUAUUCUAAGGGGAAAUGGAGCAAUCCCAAUUCCUAAGAUAUGUGGAGUUUAUUCAGAAAGUUUUUGAUGUCACUGUUACUCUGGGAAAUGAACUUAUGAUGCCCAUUUAGCUUAGUAUACAAGCUCCAUGUAUUUUCUGUAUAUUCUUCAGUGUAUCAACGUCAAUGUAAAUUAUUUUCCCACGCAAAUUGGGUCUUCUGUCAGUCAGGGCAGGGUCUAUUUCUUUAGACUUGAAGCUGUACAUGUAUUUUAUCCCUUUGGUGUUAAAUUGAUGGACUAGUUAUUUAUGUCAAAUGGAAGAAAAUUUUAUGGUAA